ACAGUUCUUAAAAUAAAUAAACAAUUUACGAAUGUAACUUAAAACUAGCAGCUUAGCUUGAGUUAGUUUUGGAGCGAUUUAAUAAAAUGGAUAAAAGUGUGCUAGAGUGGAAAACAGCCAACAUAUACAACACAAUACCAUUUACUAAAUGCCCUGACACGGCAGACAUAACGUGUUAUUGCGUUAACGUGAACAAUGCAAUCCCUGAGGAAAAGAAAAUUAGAAUAGUGCUUUGUGACCAACACGGAAAUAUACAUGUUUAUUUUUCCGAUUGGGAAUGUGUUUCGUUUAAAUCUCAACACCCUAACGAAACUAUUAAGCUAUGUGCGCUAACAUCGAAUAAUGUGCUUGCAACUGCAAUUCACGAUGCUCAUUAUAGGCUUUAUAUAAAUCUAUAUGAUUUACGAAGAUUGACAAAAAAGCAUGAAGCUCCUAUUAUUGCAUCUGCAUCCUAUCCCCAUGUUAAAAGCACAGCUGCUUGCAUGACUGCAGACGUCAUUGAUGAAAAAUUACUUGCCUUGGGUAUAGGCUUUGCAAAUGGUGAUAUACUACUGCAUUAUGGAAAAAUAAGCAGAGACUUCUCUACAAAUCUUUGUCGACACACCAUAUCUUCAAAUCCAAUAAUUGGAAUACAUUUAGAUCAACUGUCUGAUAUAUCCACUCAAAACAUUUUUAUAACAUGUAAUCAUGGUGUUUACUGUUUUCUUUUAAAAGAUAAAGGCUUCAUUGAUAAAAUAUUUGUGCUUGAUAAUGAAAAAAUCCAUUUCAAUCAUUGUUGCACAAUGCGUAAACCUGCUUGUGGAGAUUUCCAUGGGUCUAUGUUGGUGGUUGGCCGGGAAGACGCUAUGUACUGUUAUACGCGUGAUGGAAGGGGACCUUGUUUUGCCAUUGAAGGAAGAAAAAAAUGGUCGAGUUGGGAAGGACAUAAUCUUAUCAUCGUCGUCAAACCGAUGAAAUCGCUUUUAAAACAAAGUAACUCGACUUUGAUUGUUGUGGAUACUGACAAUAAAAUUAUAGUAUUUUAUAGUCAAAUUCAAGAUGUCGUUUGUACAAUAAGUGAAAAUGAUUUGUUCUUUAUAAUAAGCUGUGACAAGAAGUAUGCAUUAAUUUUAAAGCAGCAUAAUAUGACUAAAAAAAUUGGUCUUUUGAUUAACAAAAAUAUGUAUGAAAUCGCAUUGAAGUUUUUAGAACGAGAAGGCCUUGCGCUUUCCCCAGAAGCUUUUUCAGUACGCUUUCAAUACGGAAAUCAUUUACUUCACAGAGGGGAAAUAGGUAGAGCUGUUCAAGAAUAUACUAAAACAAUUGGGUUUAUUAAGCCAUAUACUGUAAUUUCAAAACUUCUUUGUUCUCGAUAUAAUGAUUAUCUUGAAGAGUACUUACUUGAAUUAAAAAAAAAAAAAAAAUCGGGCCAUAAUUUGAAACUUAUUGAAUGUUGUUCUAAGCGUAACCAGUUGAAACAAAAUAUUGAUCAGUUAAAGGAUGCAGAAACAAAAAAAAGGCUCAUGGAUGCAAUACAGAUUGUGAGAUUACCAAAAAUAUAUUUUGAGCCUACGUCGGAAAAUCAAUACGACUUUAUAGAAAUAAAUCUAUUAAAUCGUAUUUUAGAAAGUGCAGAUAAACGAAAUAUGUUUGAUUUUCAUAAGUUGUUUAAAAAUGAUGGAUUGGAAAUAUUUGAUUCAAAAUCGAAAAAUAUGCUCUGUUUCCUUUACAUUUUAUCUGAACACAAAGAGUAUUGUGUAAGCUUGUUGGCUAAAGUUAUUAACGAAUAUUCCACAUGUGGAGAAAAUGUAUGUAAUUAUUUACUUGUUUUGUAUCUUGAGCUAUUCAGUGCCAGAAAAAUUACCAAAAAUUCAGUGAUAGACUUUUUGAAAAGUAAUAGGCUCCGGUUGGAAAAAGUUUUAAUCAUAUGUACCCUUUAUAAAUUUUCAUUUGAAAUUGGGGAAAUUGACGAUAAAAAACGGAAUGAAAACACUGUCACAAACAACGCAGUCAAUAAAUGCAUAAGUAAACUAUUUGAAAAGAAUCCAGAAGUGGCUUUUAAUUUGAAUUCAAGUACGAUAACAUUUCUUAUGAUGUUAAAGAAGUCCUGCACAAAUCAGGCAAUACAUGCGGUGGAGCUAAAACCUCUGUUAAAAGAAGGAAUAAUUCGUGGUAUAGUGGAUUGUAAAAAGGAAAAAAAAAUAAUGCAGGAUUUAAAUAAUACGUUUAAAAAAUCAAAUUGCAUACUUUCUCUUUAUACAAACAAUCCAAUUGAAUUUCGCAAUGAUACAUGUGAUAUCUGUCAUCAAACCUUAAAUAUGCAAUCCAUAUACUUUCUUUGUCAACAUACGUUUCAUAAAGAAUGCUUAAACUAUAAAAAGACAAAAUGUAAAGAGGAAAUAAAAUGUGUAAUUUGCAAUGUAAAAUUUACUUCUCUGGAAGAAAAAGAACAGCAACUUUGUAAUUCAAAUUCUUUGAGUGUUAUUGCAUUGAUUUCAAAAUUAGUGGCUGUACGAACAAUAAAAGAGGAAACGGAAACAACGAUUUUGAAACCGUUUAAAGAUAUGAUAGGUAGAAAUAAUCACAGAGAAUUUCAAGGGAAAUGCUCUAAAAAUCCAUUUGAUUCCAAUUAUAAUAUGUAGAAAGAUUAAAAGUAAAAAUAUUGUUAUCAUA